AUGGCCACCGACUGCGCGGGCUGGCACUUGCUGGGCACUCCCCGCGAGGAACUCCGCCUGGAACACACCUUGCCCACUGGGCAGUCCUUCAGAUGGAGAGAGACAGGAGACGAUGAGUACAUCGGUGUCAUCGGCCAGCGGGUGGUGCAAAUCCGCCAGCUGGAGGACGACGUGGCCUGGCGGAUCAUCGGACGGGCUCCCCAGGCUGCCGAGGCCGAGGACACUGCCGUCCUGGCCGACUACUUCAACCUAUCCACCCCGCUGGCCGACCUGGUGCGCACGUGGUCGGCCUCCUGCGACCAUUUUGCCCGCAUCCAGCCCUACUUCCAAGGCGCCCGCAUGCUGCGCCAGGACCCCACGGAGACGCUGUUCCAGUUCCUGUGCAGUAGCAACAACCACAUCUCCCGCAUCCACGGCAUGGUGGAGCGGCUGUGCAGCGGCUGGGGCACCCGCCUGCCACUGACACGCAGCGACGAGUAUGGCGGCCCCGCCCACCACGCCUUCCCCACCCUGGACCAGCUGGCAGCGGUCAGCGAGGCCGACCUGCGCGCCGCGGGGUUUGGCUACCGCGCGCGCUUCGUCACCGGCAGCGUCGCCCGGCUGCGGGCCCUGGGCGGCGAGGCCUGGCUCGCCACGUUGCGCGCCGGCCCGCCCGACGUGGCGGUGGCCGCGCUGUGCACGCUGCCCGGCGUGGGGCCCAAGGUGGCCGCCUGCGCCGCGCUCUUCUCCCUGGACGCGCACGCGCUGGUGCCCGUGGACGUGCACGUGCUGGCGCUGGCCACGCGGCACUACCUCCCCGCCCUGCGUGGCAAGGCGCUGACGCCGGCGCUGCACGCGCAGGUGCAGGCAGCCUUUGUCGCGCGCUUUGGCGCCCACGCCGGCUGGGCGCACAACACGCUCUUCAUCUCCGAGCUGGCGCGGUACAGGGGAAGGGUGCCUGGAACCACACGGGCGGAGGAGGUCCUGCUGGCGCGGGGAAGCGAAGUCGCAGAAGAAGUCGAUGCCGGCCCAGAUGCCUGUGCGAGGGUCGUUGGCAUGGACGGCAGCGAUGCCAGCACCGGGAAGGGAGGCCGGGCGCGGAGGAAGAGGAAAGGCGGCGCUGCGUCGGUGGCGAGCAGUUUGGUUGAGGAGCAGAUGGAGCUGGCGCCGACCACGCCACCCCAGGCCGCGGCCUGA